CCGUGUUGUUCUGGGGUUUCCUCAGACUGGAGCGGUGCAGGAAGAAGGUAACAAGAGGAGGAGGAGAAAGGACGAAACGCAGCAGCAGGAGGAGGAGGAAGAGGAGGAGGAAGAAGAAAAGAAGGACGAUGGAUCCAGUGAUUGACGACGGUGUCUCAUCUAGCCACUAGGUCAGGUUCACAGCAGCUACCAGCGUAAACACGCAGAGGGCAUAAUAGAGGCAGUAGAAACUAAACACCAAGAGUCUACUGUUGGCCGCGACACUAUCGUCUCCUUCUCCUUACUGUCGCUCUCUGGGAGGAGGAAGGGCGAGGAUAUUAUGGCUGCACUUUCCCCACAGAUCCGAGGACUUCAGAUAGAUGAGGAAGAGUCCAGACUCCUAAAAGUGAAAGUCGUUGCUGGAAUUGGGCUGGCCAAAAAAGACAUACUCGGAGCCAGUGAUCCAUACGCAAGACUGUCCCUCUAUGACCCUAUCAAUGGAGAAAUCACAAGUCUUCAGACUAAAACAUUAAAAAAGACACUGGACCCGAAAUGGAAUGAAGAAUUCUUUUUCAAAGUUGAUCCCCGGAAGCAUCGUCUGCUCUUGGAGGUGUUUGAUGAGAACCGCCUGACACGUGAUGACUUUCUGGGACAGGUGGACGUCCCCUUAAAUCAGAUACCGACAGAAAAUCCUAAUACAGAAAGGCCAUACACAUUCAAGGAUUUUCUGCUUCACCCACGAAGCCACAAGUCCAGAGUCAAAGGUCACCUGCGUCUCAAAAUGACGUACCUGCCAAAAAACCCCGGCUCAGAAGAGGAAACGGCAGAACAGGCUGAAAACAUAGAUCCUGGAUGGGAGUUUCUGGAGUCUCAGGACAUGUCAGGUCCCAGACAAAGCCAGCUGCUGCCUGCUCUGCCCCCUGGCUGGGAGGAGCGGCAGGACAACCUGGGAAGAACCUUCUUUGUCAAUCAUGAGAGCAGAACCACACAGUGGACACGACCCACAACCCAGGAAGGUGAUGUGAACGUGCAAAGAAGACCGGACAAUAAUAUGGAUGCGGAGCAAGCUUUUACUACACGCAGAAGACAGAUCUCAGACCCAGAUGAGAACCCUGCACGAGAGUCUCCUGAGAGCUGGGAGAUCAUUACGGAGGACGAGUCCACCUUGUUCCACAGCAAUAACCAGCUCGCAUCACCUCCACCACAUGGGCCUGCAGAGUUCCAGCCGUUCCACGACGACCUGAGAAACACUCACUUUUCUGGGGUCACAGCUGGCGCGCUGCGCGCCUCCCACAUGAGUCAUGCUAGUAAUUCAAGUCAUUCCAGUCGCAGAGGAAGUGCCCCAACUUCAACGGGAGAAGAACAUCCUGUUAACCCUGUGCAUAUUCCAACCUCAGCGGUGCUGCCUUCAGGAUGGGAGGAGAAGCGAGACAGUAAAGGAAGACGCUACUUUGUCAACCACAACAGUCGAUGUACUUCAUGGACACGACCCCUCAUUCAGAAAACCACAGAGGCACCAGCAGUAGCGGCACCAGCACCACCAGCACCACCACCACCAGCAGCAGCAGCAGCAGCAGCAGCAGCAGCAGCAGCACAGAGUGGUGCAGGUGUACCCCAGAGCCAGACUCCACCCUUACCACCCAUGUCCCACGGGGACUCUCCCUCUCAGCACACCCAAAGCACAGAGGCCACACAUGAUUCUGGCUCCCUGCCGGCUGGUUGGGAGGUUCGCAGUGCUCCCAGUGGAAGACCCUUUUUCAUUAACCACAAUACUAAGACGACUACCUGGGAAGAUCCCAGGCAUCCCAAAAUUCCUGUUCACAUGAGGAAGAGACCCUCACUCGACCCAUCUGAUCUCGGCCCUCUGCCGCCUGGCUGGGAAGAGAGGAUCCACACCGAUGGGAGGAUAUUCUACAUAGACCACAACACCAAGAACACACAAUGGGAUGAUCCCAGACUGCAGAACUCAGCUAUAACCGGACCAGCAGUGCCUUAUUCCAGAGAUUAUAAACAGAAGUAUGACUACUUCCGGAAGAAGCUGAAGAAGCCGGCGGACAUCCCAAACCGCUUUGAGCUGAAGCUGAGGCGAAAUGCGGUGCUGGAGGACUCAUACCGACGCAUCCUGUCAGUGAAGCGGGCAGACCUGCUGAAAGCAAGGCUGUGGGUGGAGUUUGAAGGAGAAAAAGGACUGGACUAUGGCGGUGUGGCCAGGGAGUGGUUCUUCCUCAUGUCCAAGGAGAUGUUCAACCCGUACUACGGACUGUUUGAGUAUUCUGCCACAGACAACUACACACUGCAGAUUAACCCAAAUUCAGGUUUAUGUAACGAGGACCACCUGUCCUACUUCAAGUUCAUCGGUCGCGUGGCGGGCAUGGCCGUGUAUCAUGGCAAACUGCUGGAUGCUUUUUUCAUUCGGCCUUUCUACAAGAUGAUGCUGCAGAAGCCGAUCACUCUCCAGGACAUGGAGUCUGUUGACAAUGAAUAUUUCAACUCCUUGAAGUGGAUUUUGGAGAACGACCCGACAGACUUGGAUUUGAGGUUCACCAUCGAUGAAGAGCUGUUUGGACAGACCCACCAGCAUGAACUGAAGCCAGGCGGUUCAGAGAUUGUCAUCACUAAUGACACCAAGAAGGAAUACAUCCAUCUGGUGAUGCAGUGGAGGUUUGUGAACAGGAUACAGAAGCAGAUGACUGCCUUCAAAGAGGGAUUCUUUGAGUUGAUACCACAAGAUGUGAUCAAGAUCUUUGAUGAGAAUGAGCUCGAGCUGCUCAUGUGUGGUCUUGGAGAUGUAGAUGUGAAUGACUGGAGAGAGAACACCAAGUACAAGAACAGCUACUGCUCCAACCACGCGGUUAUCCAGUGGUUUUGGAAAACGGUGCUGUUGAUGGAUGCAGAAAAAAGAAUCAGGCUCUUGCAGUUUGUGACGGGAACUUCAAGGGUCCCAAUGAAUGGCUUUGCUGAACUCUACGGGUCUAACGGACCACAGCUGUUCACCAUCGAGCAGUGGGGAACACGUGAAAAACUCCCCCGAGCCCACACAUGCUUCAAUCGACUGGACCUGCCUCCUUAUGAGUCCUUUGAGGAGCUGAGGGAGAAACUUCACAUCGCCAUUGAGAAUGCACAAGGCUUUGACGGGGUGGAUUAAAGCCUGCGUGACAUUACUGCAUGAUGUGGUGAAGACAUGUAAUGAUGAGAAAAACAAGCUGUGCAAGAGAUUCAUGUCUUAACCUGCCAGCUGUGUGACAGAUGAAGGACAGUCACACAACCUUCACGUUGGUCCUCUGUUGAGCCACAUGUGAAGAGAGGACAUUACAUCAGGAGGGACGGGGUUAUUUAAUCACUCUACACGUUUUAAAGUUUACAAAGCAAAAAUGCAAAGCUGUAUACUGUAUAACAAAAACAUCUAACCUUAAAAAAAGUUUCAUUUUGGCUGAAUUGCCUCAGAAAGAGUUAUGCUCGGAUUCUCACGUCAGGUACUUGUGAGAUUUUGUCUUUACGUUGUUUUUGGUGACAAAAUAAUUUAGGCUGUAACUAAAUCCCUUAACUUGUUGUUGGAGGCAACAUUGUGUCAAAUGUUUUUCAACAGAAAAACUUGAAUAAUCAAUUUGCAAUUCAACCUAAAUUAAACAUGUUUAAUACAUUUAUACAUUUUUCAUUCCAUCACACUAAUCACAAACAUGCACCUCAAAAGCAUUGACCGCGGAGCAUGUGCACGUUGGAGACAAGUUUGAGUGACGACACUUAAGGAAAGUGGAUCAUUUCAUUAUUAUAGUAGCGAUGUACCAAUACCAGUAAAAGGCUAAAUUAAUUAUACUGUUGUUUGUAACUGACUACAUGCAGUGUUAGAUUGUGCUGAAUUAUUAGGCAUAAUUGUACAUAUUGAGAUGAGCUAAUUGAAUAUCAUAAAAAAGAAUCUUCUGUUAUUACAGAAAUAAACUGUAGAUAUAAAUUUGACUUUACCUUCUCCAAAAUUAUAAAACAUUUAUUGUUUACAUUGUUCAUUCAAAAUUGUGAAAUUGGCAAAUAACGGUUAUUGGUGCACCUCUACAUUAAUACAUAUUUGUCUUUCAACACUAACUGUUUGUGUAUCAGAGAAUUAAACAAACGUAUUUACGCAUAAUAUCCAGACAGACUUACCUUUUAUCACACACUUUGCAUAGAAAUUCAGUUAUGUUGCCUUUUGUCAAUUUUGUUUGUUUUCCUCUACUCAUCAUGUUUGUCUAAUUGGAGCACGGUGCUCUAUUUUUAAGAGUACAACUUUAAAAAUGGUUGGUUGUCAAAAUAUGUACAAAUUAUUGUCUGUUUUCAAAAUGAGUAAUCACUUGUUAAUACCUUUGUAGGAAAGCAACUGUUCUUUAGCAGUAGUUUUAACAUUUUCUGAAUGGCAAAACGUGUUUACACGACCUGCCAUGUUUACAGGUCAUUGAUAAAAGAAGAUAUCGUGGGCUGGUUCUUGUCUCUGACAACAAUUUUAUACUUUAUGCUUUUAUACAGUCAAGCACUUUGUUGAUAUCGAUGAGUCUUACUUCUAAACUGUCUGAAUCUUUGCCAAUCUGUCACCUGCAGACUGCUUGAAUCGCUCUUUAAGAAAAUGAUCCUAUGCUUCAAGUGCACGUCUUUAAAUGUUUACAUGUGAACAUUGCUGAAAAUAAGCACAUUCUCUUCUUUCACUUAUAUUUAAAGUUAAAUACAGAGGCCUUCGUUUGUAAUGUAUUGUAGAAUUUGAUUGUUAAUGUUUAAUCUCUAAAUGGAAGUACUGUUAUAUAGCUAUUGUCUACUGAAGAAUAUUGAAUAGAUCAACACUUAAGUUCUGAAAUAUCAGAUUUGUAUUAUUAUUAUUAUGGAAAUUAAUUAAAAACACCUAUAAGUGCAUUACAACAACAACAACAUACAUACAUAUACAAGAGUUAAAAGGGUUGAAUCAACGGUAGCUGUCGAAUCCCCAUUUGAUGGCAUAUAGCACCAAAUUCAAUACAAAUAUAUUUGAAAAAUAAAGAAAUAUAAAAACA